AUGGUUGACGACAUCCCCGCCGCGUCUCUUGAUGCCUUGCACGAUCUCUCGGUGGUUCGCUACAUGAGCGCCGCGGGCCUCGUCGUCCUUCUCUACGACCAUCUCCUCACCUUCCCCGACGAGGUCGAGCUCAUCUGGCCCGCACCCGCGACAUACGCCAAGUACAUGUUCCUCCUCAAUCGGUACGGCGUACUAGGCACUCUCCUUGCCACCGCCUAUGCGAUGUGCGGUUUCGUCCACACGACGUUCACCGACCAGGAGUUCAUCUUCACAUGCUCGAUGGUAUCCAUCAUCUCCAUCGGUAUCGCGAACCUGCUCAUCCUCCAGCGCGUCGUCAUUCUCUGGGAGCACCGUCCGAUCGUGCUCAAAAUUAUGACCGCGGGCUUCUUCCUGAGCUUCACCGCGCAAGUGGUCUGCAUGAUCGUCACGCUCCUUGAUCUUCUCCCGGUCAUCUCGUGGUCGGACGUCGCGGGGAUGUGUAUCGCGACGCGCUCGUCGCAUAUAUUUGUGGUCGUUUGGGCCGCGCCGCUCGUCUUCGAGGCGUUCGUGCUGGGCUCGACUGCGCUGAACGCGCUCGACCGCCCAACGACAACAGACAGGCCUAUCAUCAAGGCCCUGCACUCCGACGGUCUCAGUUUCUUCCUCGCCAUCACAUCGCUCCGCGUCACGAACCUCGUACUCGCCUCCCUUUCCCGCCCGUCCUUCACCUUCCUCGGCGUAUUCUUCAUCUGGGCCGCGACGACCACCGUGCUCGCCCGCCUCCUCCUCCGCCUCCGCCGCACCGAAGUCUCUCCACCCCCCUACCUCGCGCCCUCGUCCGACCCCGACGCCCUCGACUCGGACCCGGACGCCGCCGCCUCGCCCGACUCCCCGACGUGGUCCUGGGACCCACGCCGGCGCUCGCGCGCGCUCUCGCCCUUCGGCCUCGCCCCGCUCCUCCGCCCGCUCUCGUCCGGCUCGUCGCACUCCUCUUCCGCGCCCUCGCCCUCGUCUCCGCUCGACGCCGGUGCGAAGCACCAGCGCGCGCAGUCGGACGGCGCGUGGCGCCUGGAGUGGGCGCCGCCCCAGCUCGCGCUCGCGCCGGUGGUGGAGGAGGGCCCGGAGGCGCCCGCGCCCGCGUACGUGUACCACUAUCGGAGGCGGCAGCACGACCCGACGGUGCGCCCUUGGGACGUGUGA